AUGCCUCCAGCCAUAGGCCCAGGUUCACGCGCCGGAAGACAUGCGACAUCCAACAAGAAUGCGAAUGCGACAAACGACAACACAUACAGCCCUCGCAGAUUCGACCAAUACCGGAAUUCUCAAAACGAUCAUAAUUCCAACUCAAUACCAAACAACCAGUACAAUUAUGAGAAUUCAACGCAAAACCAAGACCCGGCAUCCUUUGGCGCAUACAAUCUUCCACUUUGGAAUCAAAUGGACAUGGAUUCAAUAAACCAAUUCAACGACGCGACAUCCAGCAUGGCUUUUAUGAACCCACAAUUCUUCAUGAACAAUCCAAUGCCACCAUUCCCUAUGAUGCCGUUUAAUUCGAUGCUACCGUUCCAGGGUGCGCAGCAAAUGAGUACCAUGGCAGGCUCGGCACAACAGAGUCGAAGACAGCGGUCAUCAACUCCAGCUGUGACGGUUCCUACGCCAACACAAGCAUACAUGCAGCAAGCCUCGGGGAUACCACAACGAUGCCAAAAGCGGCCAUUGUUGGUUAUACUCGAUUUGAACGGUACUUUGAUAUGUCGCAAGCACCGUAGAUUGCCGCCCUCUUUUGCCGAGCGCGCUGGACUGAAGCAUUUCUUGGAUGAGCUGUUCAAGAACUACUCCGUCAUGGUUUGGACUAGCUCUAGGCCACCGACCCUCAACGCUAUCGUCAAAAUUCUGUUCCCUUCCAAGUCUCAGAAACGGAAGCUUGUGGCUUUAUGGGGCCGUGACAAGUUUGGACUCACUACUCGACAGUACAAUGCCAAGCUUCAGGUAUACAAGGAGUUGCACAAGGUGUGGGACGCGAGCGAGUGCCAGUUUAGGUAUCCAGGCAAUGGCGGCCCGAGCAAAGACAUACCAAUGCCUCCGUUCCCGAAGGGCCGACGCUGGGACCAAACAAAUACUAUUUUGAUCGAUGACAGUAAGAUAAAAGCACUCAGCGAGCCAUACAACAUUCUUGAGGUCCCAGAGUUCACCAACGAUCCAAAUAUCGACGAGUCAACCUUCUUCCAAAGAGUCCUUGCAAGACUCGAUGUUCUCGCCCACCACGACGACGUCAGCAAAGUCUUCCGCGUAUGGGAAGAACGUCAAGUGCAACAAAAUUGCAAAAUCCUGGAUCUGGACAUCACUCCCGAAAUGGACGAUGAUGUCGAUCUAUCCGAAGAUGGCGGAGCCAAGCUACCGCCAGUGCUACCCACGCCCGCCACCGCUAAGCAACGCAAGGCAGCCGCUGCCCAACAAAAGCAGCCACCAACCGAGCCAGCCAUCGAAGCGGAAAAGAAAGCAUUGAAAAAGGCCCGGAAACAGGCAAAGAAGCAGGAGAGGAAAGAGAAGAGAGUCCUGGCAGCUGCCGAACUUGCUGAAGAGGCCGCUGCCGCUGCCGCUGCUGCUCCCGGCGCCAUAGAUAACGACCCCCAGAGCCUCCCUAGUCAAGCACCCGAUCAAACAGCCAAGCUAGGCCGCAAAGCCCGAAAACGCCUCAGACAACAAGCAAUGCUUCAGCAAGGACUCGGCCCUACAGUCUCUAGUCACGAUGCGGAUCCCAGUGAGAAGCUGUCUGAGUCUGGUCUUGAAAAUGUCGCAAAAGAAGAUGGUGCUGAAGACGCGUACUCACCGCCAGCUUCUAUAUCCCAGGACCGGUCAGUUGAUGGUGCUGAAGACACGUAUUCGCCGCCAGGUUCCAUCUCUCAGGACAAUCAACGUCAGCGGUCUGUUGAUGGGGCCGAAGACGCGUAUUCACCACCGGGCUCUAUUUCUCAGGACAAUUCACGCCAACGGUCAGUUGACUGUGUUGAAGAGCCGUAUUCACCACCGGGCUCUAUUUCUCAGGACAACUCACGUCAACAGUCAGUUGGCGGUGCUGAAGAGCCGUAUUCACCACCGGGUUCCAUCUCUCAGGACAACUCACGUCAACAGUCAGUUGAUGGUGCUGAAGACGCAUACUCACCGUCGGGUUCCAUCUCUCAGGACAAUGCACGUCACCGGUCGGUUUCUCCCGCCAGGUCUGGUGUAUCUACGAAUUCGCUUUUGGAUCGGUUGGAAGAGGGACUUGGGAUUAAAGGAAAUUGA